AUGUUUGACUGUUACUUAACUUCUGAAACCAAUCAGCCUAGGAUUUCAAAUGACGCCACCCAAAUCUCUACUUUUCUCGAGUGUAUCAAUCAACAAGCAAGCAAAAAAAACCAGUUGCACGAAAAACCUAAACUGAAAGAAGAAGGACACGAACAUGAAAUUGUUCCUUCACAGCCAAGAAAGUAUGAACGCUCUUCGUUCCGGAGCGAAUUGCGUGAAAAUUCUCAACAGAAAAAAGGAAAAGAGGAACAUGAAAUUGUUUCCCUUCAGUCAACAGAGCGUGAAUACUUUCUGUCCCAAGGCGAGUUGCACGAAAACCGUCAACAGAAAGAAGAAAGAGACGAACAUGAAACUGUUCCCCUUCAGCCAAGAGAGCAUGAACACCCUCUGCUACAAGGCAAGUUGCACGAAAAGCCCCAACAGAAAGAGGGACGAGGCGAACAUGAAACUGUUACCCUUCAGCCAAGAGGGCAUGAACACCCUCUGCUACAAGGCAAGUUGCACGAAAAGCCCCAACAGAAAGAGGGACGAGGCGAACACGAAACUGUUCCCCUUCAGCCUAGUGAGAGUAAACACCUUCUGUCCCAAGGCGAGUUGUACGAAAAGCCUCAACAGAAAGAAGGAAGAGAAGAAAAUGAAACUGUUUCCCUUCAGCCAAGGGAGCGUGAACAUCCUCUAUCCUAA